AUGGCUCUCACCAAGGACCUCCUCGCCUCGGACGAAGAAGGGUACCGCCGCGCCACGCAAUCCGCCUUUCUCCGCGCCGCGGCGGCCGGACAGGCCCCCAAGGAUGUCCUGGGUCGCUGGCUCGCCAACGACAGGCUCUAUAUUCAUGCCUACAUCAAAGGCGUCGGCCGUCUCCUGGAGGCCCUCAAGCUUUCCGACGUUGUGCCGGCAACCGAGACGGUCUCGGAGAAGCUGCUGCAGUGGCUCGUAGACGCGCUAGUCAACGUCCGCCGCGAGGAGAAGUUCUUUAUCGAGACGGCCCGCCGUUUCGGUAUCGAAGUCAACCUCCCCGCGUCCGAGAACGGCGUCGUCGCGCAGGAGGACAAGCUCGAGGGGCUGAGACGCUUUGAGGAGCUGUUUGGAGGGUUCGAAAGGGGCGGCAGCAAAGACGGGACCCUCGCAUGGCUGGAGGGCGCAGUUUUGCUGUAUGCUACGGAGAAGUGUUACCUGGAUGCCUGGUCUGGUGCGAAGGACGCUCUGGAUGGGGGUAGAGACGGCAGCGAAGACGCGGAUGGCGGGGCGCUUAGGAAAGAGUUCAUUCCCAACUGGAGCAGCCAGGAGUUUAGGGAGUUUGUGGAUAAUCUGGGAGCCAUCAUCGACGAGGGCGUCAAGGAGGUUGUGAAGGAGCAGGGUAAGGAUGUUGAAGAGGGGUUGAAGGAGCGCGCAUUGAAAGUUUGGAGGGAGGUCCUGCUUGCAGAGGAGCAUUUCUGGCCUGCCUUGUAA